AUGAGGGUCCUCUUCCAUCUCCCAGUCCUUUUGGCUUCCCUGAGCUUGUUCCAGGUUGCAGAAUCUGACACAAAUGAGCAGGCCACCCGCACCCUCGCCAUCUCUGAUGCUGUGAGUCAGGUCAAGAUCCAGGUCAACAAGGCCUUCCUGGACUCCCGGACCAGGCUGAAGACGGCCAUGAGCUCUGAGGCACCCACCACCCGACAGCUCUCCAAAUACCUCAAGCACGCCAAGGGCUGGACCCGCAUGGCCAUCCGCCAUGGGCAGGUGUGGGAGGAGUCCUUAAAGAGACUGAGGCAGAAAGUGACCCUGACCAACAUCACAGACCUUAGCCUGGACUUCACUGCACUCUCUCAGGAGGUGGGCUGUGGUGUCCCAGUUCCUUUGGUGAAAUGUGAUGAGAACAGCCCUUACCGCACCAUCACGGGAGACUGUAAUAACAGGAGGAACCCCGCGCUGGGCGCGUCCAACAGGGCGCUGGCGCGCUGGCUGCCGGCGGAGUACGAGGACGGGCUCUCCCUGCCCUUCGGCUGGACGCCGAGGAAGAAGCGGAACGGCUUCCCUGUCCCGUUGGCCCGUGAGGUAUCCAACAAGAUUGUAGGCUACCUAAAUGAAGAGGGUGUUCUGGACCCAAACAGGUCCCUGCUCUUGAUGCAGUGGGGUCAAAUUGUGGACCACGACCUGGAUUUUGCCCCCGACACGGAACUGGAGAGCAGCGAGUACUCCAAAGUACAGUGCGAUGAGCACUGUAUCCAGGGAGACAACUGUUUCCCCAUCAUGUUCCCGUGCAACGACCCCAAGGUGAAGACUCAAGGGAAAUGCAUGCCUUUCUUCCGGGCCGGGUUUGUCUGCCCCACUCCACCUUACCAGUCAUUGGCCCGAGAGCAGAUCAAUGCUCUGACCUCCUUCCUGGACGCCAGUUUAGUGUACAGCCCUGAGCCGAGCCUGGCCAGCCGCCUCCGGGAUCUCAGCAGCCCACUGGGCCUCAUGGCCAUCAACCAGGAGGCCCAGGACCACGGGCUGGCCUACCCGCCCUUUGACAACAAGAAGCCGAGCCCCUGUGAGUUCAUCAACGCCACUGCCCGCGUGCCCUGCUUCCUGGCAGGAGAUCCCCGAGCCUCGGAGCAGAUCCUGCUGGCCGUUUCCCACACCCUCCUUCUCCGAGAGCACAACCGGCUGGCCAGAGAACUAAAGAGACUCAACCCUCACUGGGAUGGAGAGAAGCUCUACCAGGAAGCCCGGAAAAUCCUAGGAGCCUUCAUACAGAUUAUCACCUUUAGGGACUACCUACCCAUUGUGCUAGGUGAUGAGAUGCAAAAGUGGAUCCCUCCAUACAAAGGCUAUAACGAAUCUGUGGAUCCCCGAAUUUCCAAUGUCUUCACCUUCGCCUUCCGCUUUGGCCACUUAGAGGUCCCCUCCACUGUGUUCCGCCUGGAUGAGAAUUAUCAGCCAUGGGGUCUGGAAGCAGAGCUCCCCCUGCAUACCCUCUUCUUCAACACCUGGAGGAUAGUCAAAGAUGGUGGAAUUGACCCUCUGGUGCGGGGCCUGCUGGCCAAGAAGUCCAAAUCGAUGAAUCAGAAUAAAAUGAUGACGGGCGAGCUGCGCAACAAGCUUUUCCAGCCCACUCACGUGAUCCACGGCUUUGACCUGGCUGCCAUCAACAUACAGCGUUGCCGGGACCAUGGGAUGCCUGGGUACAACUCCUGGAGAGGCUUCUGUGGCCUCUCACAGCCCCAAACACUGAAGCAGCUGCACGCCGUGCUGAAGAACAAGUUGCUGGCUGAGAAGUUACUGGUUCUCUACGGGACCCCUGACAACAUUGACAUCUGGAUAGGGGCCGUCGCUGAGCCCCUGGUAGAGAGGGGCCAGGUGGGGCAUCUCCUGGCCUGCCUCCUGGGAAGGCAGUUCCAGCAGAUCCGUGAUGGAGACAGGUUCUGGUGGGAGAACCCUGGGGUCUUCACUGAGGAGCAGCGGAACUCUCUACAGAAAAUGUCCUUGUCACGCCUUGUCUGUGACAACACCCACGUCACCAAGGUCCCGCUGCACCCCUUCCAAGCCAACAGCUACCCCCAAGGCUUUGUGGAUUGCUCAGCCAUCGAUAAGCUGGACCUCUCACCGUGGACCUCCGAGGAGAAUUAG